AUGUAGCUGAUAUAUUUUGGCGACUCAUUAAUUGAAAAUACUGUUCUGAUUAUAGGUUGCACAGGCGAUUUGAUAGCAUUUAUAAUUUGCUACAUAAAGAUAUCUUAAAUAAUUAGAAAAGAUGGACGUCGUCAUAUGACUUUUGUAAAUAAGACCCACUUUUUAAAGUUAUUAAUUGCUGUUUUUAUAACAUUGCUAAAUGCGUUAGGAAUUUUAUUAGAAAUAAUUAUGAAUUAAAAUGUUUACAUGAUGAUCCUCAUACAAUAUUCAAUCUAAACAUUCAUCUGGAGCUUUUGCUUGAUUACAAUCAGAGCAGAAUUCCUCUUUUUAGGGAGAACAACUAUUCACUUAAGAAUAUUUACAUUAAUUGACUUACUUAUUAAUCUAAUUGGAGUUUUAAUAAUGUUUUGGGGGUUGUCUUCAUUAGAAUUUGCAGCUAUUUUUUCAUCAGCAAUUAAAUUUUUAUUUUUCCUAUAUUGCUAAUUAUUUACUAAUGACAUCUAAGAAAGGAGAGAUUUAAAUUCUCCUUUGAUCAUAUCUAAGUAGCCAGUAGUCAAAAAGAGAGUGUUCAAAAAAUUUAAUGGAUAAAGAUAUAAGCCCUUUUAUUAUAAUUCUACAUACGGCGAUUCUCAAGUGUGUUGCUCUCCCCAUUUUGUAAAUUUAACUGAGGAUGAAAGAUAAACAUUCCUCUAGAAAUCAGAAGAAGAUAAAAAAAAUAACUAAAUCACAGAAAUAUUUGUAACAGGAUGGGAAAUUGUUGAAAAAUAUAUUAAUGAAAACUUAUCCUAACCUUGUCUUACUUUCAUUAUUGAGUUCGAAAGAUAAAAUGAAAUAUACUUCACAAAAAGAACACUGAACGAAUUCUUAGAGUUGUUUAAAUCGCUUCAAAAGCAUACAAAAUAUCUCUUUCCAAAGCUAAAAUAAAAUAAACUUGAAAACUAAUCUCCAAAAGAUCUAAUGGAAAUUUUCUCUAAAAUAUUGUAAGUGGUGAAUAUAGAGUAGAUAGGCAAGCAUAUUAACUUUUAACAAUUUUUAAUGCCAAGAGAUAAAUUAGAAGAAUUCAUAGUUAAUUAAGUAGAAACAUUUGCAAAUAAUAACAUGAAUGAAACACCUUAAUCAUAUCAAAAAAGUUCUGAUGCAUCUCAAAGGUUAGAGAGUUUAAGAAGAAAAUGCAGUGCCUCUCCUUAACAGCUAGAUCUUAAUGAUUCAUAAGUAGCUCACACAAUGUCAUUUGGAUAGUAGAAUCUGUAAAAAUAAGUUAGCAUAGAUAUUUUAUUCAGCAAAACAGAUAAUAGACCAAAAUAUGAACAAAUUUGUGUGAUUGACUGGGAUUAUGGUGAACCUGACGAAAGCUUUGUAAUAAUGCAUGGAAAAUCAAAUUUAAACACAGAAAUUGAUGAGGAUGUUUAUUUCUUAAUCAAAUUUAUAAAAUAUAAAAAAAAUAUUCCUUAAUACUAUGUCAAAAGAUCCUUAAAGGACUUUAACUAACUUAGGGAUUACUAUGAGUUAAUUUAUGAAAGCAGGUAGUUCCCCUCAUUGACAUAACCUAAUAAAAGUAUCAACAAUGCAAACAAAGAAAGCUUUAGGCACGAUAGCACUUUCGACAGUUUAAAAAAUUAAAUUAAUUAUUUUUUUGAAUAUUUAAUUUAAAACUAGCUCACAUCAUUAAAUCUCAAAAAGUUUUUAGAAGAAAAUUCUUAAAUUUUAGAUGAAAACGAAAAUUAUAGUAACCAAAAUCUUGAAAGUGAUUCUUCUCAUUUCAUGAAAAAUGGAAAUUUAAAUUGA